UGUUGUGACGUUUGCGUUGUUGUGAUCGUGACAUAACCUAUAACCAGCUGCAUUGCUACCUCAACUUUUCUUGCCGUCAUGUGAUUGUCCCAAAAUAAAACGAAUGUAACAAAAAAUCGUUGAAUCUUACAACGAAUUUUGAAGUUCAUUCAAAAACACGUAACAGAAAAAACAUUAAACAAAUAUAAUCUUAUGUAACAUCAGACUGAAGGAUACUGUAACGUACAAUAUUUGCACAGAAGUUUAAACAGAAAGAGUGAGUUUCGGCUAAACGUAGAUUUGGCGCGAAAGGCUGAUGUUAGAACGACCGUCAUUGAGAAAUGCAGGGAGCGAGAGCGAGGCGAGCGCGGCGCCGCCUCAUCAGUCUCUACGCGGCACGUGAACACACUGCACGGUCGCUCACGGCGGUCAAGGGCAAACUUACGCGAGCACAUUUUCCCACAAUUAUUACAUAAAUUUGUGUCAUAAGAUGUUGCCGUGGGUUCAAGUUACUCUUAUGUUAUGUGCUGUCGGCCUGCUUCGAGAGAUUCGACCGUCAGAGCCCUUCGUUUCCGAGUUCCUAUUGGGAGAGUGGAGAAACAUAACUGAAGAACAACUGAACAGAGAUGUAUACCCUGUGGGGACAUACUGCUACCUGGGCCUGCUUGUUGUGGUCUUCCUCAUCACCGAUUUCUUGAGAUUUAAGCCAGUCAUUGUAUUGUCUGGUCUGAGUGGUAUAGCAGUAUACGCCAUCUUGCUAUGGACAACGAGUCUAGAAUGGCUGCAAGCGUCCCAGUUCUUCUAUGGUCUCUACAUGGCCACGGAAGUCGCCUACUACACUUAUAUCUACGCAAAGGUGGACCCAGCGAAGUACCCUCGCGUAUCCUCAUACACCCGUAUUGCAGCACUGUCAGGCCGGUUCCUGUCUGGCGUCAGCUCACAACUGCUCACACACUUCGGAGUCAUGGACUAUAGGGAUCUCAAUUACAUCACCUUCACAGCUCAGAUCAUGGCGACAUUCUGGGCGCUGUGGCUACCCACCGUCCAGUAUGGCAUCUACUUCCAUCGGAAGACAUCCACCGGAAACCCGCCGCUAGACAAAGAUCUACAUCCACCUAAUGGGCACCUACUCCGUUCCAACGUGGUAGAAGCAUCGACUUUGAUCGCUCGACACGCGCGCUCAGCGUACACCAGACCCAAAGUGCUGGCGUGGUCGGCAUUGUAUGCGGUUGCACUCGCACUGUUCGUCCAAGCUCAGAUCUAUAUGCAGUUGCUAUGGAAACAGAUACAAGAGGACACUGAUUCACCGGUGGCCUACAACGGCGCAGUGGAAGCUGUACAAACGCUCCUGGGCGCUGGAGGUGCGUUCAUAGCAUCAAUGUACUCAUCGUCCGGAGUACCAGCACCCGUGGCGGCCGUGCAAGGAGUCGCAGUCUUCCUAGCAACCUUCGUCAACAACGUGUUCGUGUCCUACGCUGGGUAUAUCGUGAUGGGCAUGUUAUUCCAUUAUACUAUCACUUUGGCCAGUGCAAAAAUCGCGGGUCAGCUCAGCGAUGAGAGCUGCUUCGGUCUCAUAUUCGGUAUCAACACCCUCAUUGGUACAGGAUUACAGUCCAUACUAACUCUGGUCCUCAUCCAAAGCCUGAAGCUACCGAUAGCUUCCCAGUACUUCGCUAUCAGUGGCCUGUACCUCCUACUAGCUUCUAUAUGGCUCCUCGGCUGGAUGAUCACCACGUGCCGCCAGAAACGAAGUAUUAACGUCGACAACCAGUAUUGAUACGCAAUAUAAUCAUAUUGUAAGGAUUUAUUUACAUUAACUUUAUUUAUAAAGGCUGUCUAGUUAUGAAGCAUAACGAGAAGUAAUAUAACCUUUUUUAACUUAAACAUAUCCUGUGGUUUUGUAGUAAUUAGGUGUACAUAGAAGUGAAAGAAAACUAAUUUUAGACGUGACAUUACUACCUCUUUCGGUGUUGCAUGUUCUUACGAAGCUCUGGGCUAUGGAGUAUACAGAGUAGAAGAAGAGAAGAGAGUGUAGAAAUAAAGAGAAUAAUUACUUUAUGAAAAUAUUGCAAAAAUUGCAAAAAAUGCACAAUAAUGCCUAAUGGCGAUACAAUAAUAUUAUAUGCAAAAGGAUGAUAUUUGAUUAUGAAAUGACUAGCUACUUCUUGAAUGGUCAAGUACUUGUUGGGAUUUACGCACUUAACUGUCAUAUUAUAUUUUAAUUUUAACAAUGUUAUGUGAAUUUGAGUAAAGAACAUAAAAGAUCAAAAAUUUAUAAUAACAUUUUACUCCUGCUACUAGGGAGCCUCUUCUGAUAUAACAUAUUUUUCAGAUAUGGAAGUACCUACUCCUAUCCUCUAUACUCCAUGGUCUUAGGCUGGUUUCCCGCGUAAAUGUUUGACAGAUUUUUUUUUAUAGACUAGAAUUUUAAAUUUCCUUCAUUGUCAGCUACGAGGUCUGUGGUUUUUUAAUUACCUGCCUGAUGAGCUACUUACCCGGUGAUCUGUCAACAGGGGUAAUGGUAUGUCGUUUUUAAUCUAUUACAUAUAAGAAAAUGUGUAGUUGCCACUUGUUCAAACUUAGUGCCUUGGUACCUGUACCUUGUAAGUAGAAGAUUCAUAACCUCCUUCUCCUUAUGCAUCUUCUACCCAUUCCAAUGUCACAGAACUUUAAUUAUUGUUGAAAGUUUUACUACCUUUCUUGUUAAUUAACGCAAUACCAUGAGAUAGUUCCACAGAUUGAAUAAUCUGGAAUAGGGUAGUUUCCUAAAUUUUAUUUUAAUGUCCGCCUGGUAUGGUAAAUUUUAUUUUAAUUUUUAAAACAUUAC